GCCAAAAGCACAGUCAAGUCAAGUUGCAGACCUGCAGACCGGUUUUGGCCAAGAAAGCAGUAGGAAGAACGAAGAAAGAUCGAGUCGCUCGCGCAGAGAGAAAGUAUGAUCGCCUUGUUUUUGUUGACGUGUGCACCGCUCUAAGAAGUGUUCCAUUUUUAACGGCUAAAAGUAGCGUACACUAGAUCCAUGGCAGCGAGUGUUGUCAAGGCGCCCAAGUGCCCCAGACGAGGGUCAGUCAAGGAUGUGGCCCAAGGCGCACCUAGAACCGGGUCCGCGUCCAGCAAAGAGGCCAAUUGGAACUGGUGGCUGCUGCUGGCCACCGUCUUCCUGGUGACCUUCGCCACCCGCUUCUAUAAGGUCACCGAACCGGAUCACAUAUGCUGGGAUGAGACGCACUUCGGCAAGAUGGGCAGUUGGUACAUCAACAGGACCUUCUUCUUCGACGUCCAUCCGCCGCUGGGCAAGAUGCUCAUUGGCCUCUCUGGCUACUUGACGGGCUACAACGGAACGUUUCCCUUCGAGAAGCCAGGCGACAAGUACAACGAAACGCGGUACCAGGGCAUGCGAUACUUCUGCACCACGCUGGGAGCCUUGAUCAUGCCCAUGGGAUUCGACACCGUCUACGACCUGACCCGCUCCCAUGAAGCCGCCCUGCUCGCGGCUGCCUAUCUGGUGUUCGAUGUGGGUCUCUUGACGCUGAACCAGUACAUCCUGCUGGACCCCAUUCUGCUGUUCUUCAUGAUGGCCUCCGUGUGGGGCAUGGUCAAGAUUUCCAAGUCCACGGCCUCCGGAGGAUCGUACGGCCUGCGCUGGUGGUUCUGGCUCUUCCUCACCGGCACCAUGUUGUCCUGCACGAUUAGCGUGAAGUUCGUGGGCCUGUUUGUGGUGCUGCUAGUCGGUCUGCACACGGCCACUGAGCUGUGGCUCAUCCUCGGCGACUUGGGACAGCCCAUUCUGGAGACCGCCAAGCAGUUGGCCUGCCGGGCCAUCACCCUGAUUGUCUGGCCCAUUCUCCUCUACGUCCUGUUCUUCUACAUCCACCUGAGUGUGCUCAACCGCAGCGGCAACGGAGAUGGCUUCUACAGCUCGGCCUUUCAGUCGCGGCUGAUCGGCAACUCGCUCUAUAACGCCAGCAUGCCCCGAGACGUGGCCUAUGGAUCGGUGGUGACCAUCAAGAACCACAAGACGGGCGGAGGCUACCUGCACUCGCAUUACCACCUGUAUCCCAAGGGAUCGGGCGCCAGGCAGCAGCAGGUCACAACUUACACGCACAAGGACGAGAACAACAGGUGGCAGAUCAGGCCGCACAACAAGCAGAGUCUACCCAAGGGCAAGCCUCUGAUCCUCCGGCACGGCGACAUCGUCCGCCUGACCCACGUGGCCACCAAGAGGAAUCUGCACUCCCACAACGAACCGGCGCCCAUGACCAAGAAGCACUUGCAGGUCACCGGCUAUGGCGAGUUGGGCGUAGGCGAUGCCAACGACGCCUGGCGCGUCCUGAUUGUGGGCGGCAAGGUCAACGAGACGGUCCACACGGUCACCUCCCGCCUCAAGUUCAUCCACCUGCUGCAGAACUGCGCCCUGACCUCCAGUGGGAAGCAGCUGCCGAAGUGGGGCUUCGAGCAGCAGGAGGUGUCCUGCAAUCCCAACGUGCGGGACAAGUACUCGCAGUGGAACGUCGAGGACAACGAGCACAAGUUGUUGACCAGUGUGAGCUUCAGCGUGUAUGCCCCCGGCUUCUUCGCCCGCUUCCUCGAAUCCCACGCCGUGAUGCUGCAGGGCAACGCAGGACUCAAGCCCAAGGAGGGCGAGGUCACCAGCAGACCCUGGCAGUGGCCCAUCAACUACAGGGGCCAGUUCUUCUCCGGCAGCAGCUACCGCAUCUACUUGCUGGGAAACCCCUUGAUCUGGUGGAGCAACCUGGUCUUCCUGGCCCUCUUCGUCGCGGUUUUCCUCUUCAACGCCGUCGUGCAGCAAAGAAGAGCUGGCUUCGCACGAUCUGCAGCCCAGGAUCAACAAGUACUAGCUCCCGAUUCGGAGACGGUGGCUCAGGGCGAGGAGAGCGAGCCCUCGACCACGGACGUCUGCAGUUGUUGUCUUCCGGCGGAGGAGAAGGUCCCAAAGGCCGUUCCCGGUGGCUCCCUGGAGGCACCCAACCCGGCGCAGUCCUUGCGGGCGGCCGCCUGGCUUUUCGUGGGCUGGGUGCUCCACUAUCUGCCCUUCUGGGCGAUGGGCAGGGUGCUCUACUUCCACCACUACUUCCCGGCCCUGAUCUUCAACUCCUUGCUAACGGGCGUCAUGUUCAACUACAUCAUGAGGGUUCUGCCCAAGUGGAUCCACCACGUCGUCUUGGGACUGGUGCUCUCGAUCCUGGUCUACAGUUUUGCCGUCUUCUCGCCACUGGCCUAUGGAAUGAGUGGUCCCCUGGCCAACGAACCCAACUCCACAAUGCACAAUCUCAAGUGGCUUUCCACCUGGGAGUUCUAGUAAU